CAAAUCAAAACCUAACCCCCUUCGAAACAGAAACCCCCAAAUCUUGAAAAAUCCCUAACCCUAAUUUAUACCAAUCGGAUUUGGAAUCUGGUGGCCUUCGGAAUCAGGAUGUCUGCGGCAGUGUGCGGAAGCAAGAGGUCCUUCUUCGAAGAGCUUCCUCCGUCGCCUCCGUUAACCAAGAGACUCCGCUGCUCUUCUUCCACCUCACCCGUUCGUAUCUCUUCUCCUUAUCUCCUCGAUCAGCUCCGCUCCGUCUUCCCCCACAUGGACCCUCAGAUUCUGGAGCGGGUGUUGGAAGAGUGUGGUGAUGAUAUUGAUGCUGCUAUCAAGAGGCUGAAUGAGCUUCGUAUAGGAUAUGGGGACGAGAAUGCGGCCCCUGUUGCAGAAUCUAAUGAGACCGUUCAGAAAAGGGUAUUAUCUGAUGAGGAGGCUGCAGCUUCUUCUGAGAACACAUCAGCACCAAUUAACCUUCCCGCAGAUGGUGCGGAAUGGGUUGAAUUGUUUGUUAGGGAAAUGAUGAGUGCCACUAGUGUGGAUGAUGCUAGGGGACGUGCGGCAAAAGUGUUAGAGGUUUUAGAGAAGUCCAUCAGUUCACGUGCUGGUGCUGUGGCAGCCCAAAAUUUUCAGAAGGAGAAUAUGCUACUGAAAGAACAAAUUGAAGGACUGAUUAGAGACAAUGCUGUUCUCAAGCGUGCUGUAUCCAUCCAGCAUGAACGUCACAAAGAGAAUGAGGGCAGAAAUCAAGAAUUCCAGCAUCUGAAGCAGUUAGUAACUCAAUAUCAAGAGCAGUUGAGGACACUUGAGCUCAACAACUAUGCCUUGACAAUGCAUCUGAAGCAGGCACAACAAGGCAACUCCAUCCCUGGGCGUUUCCAUCCUGAUGUUUUCUAAUUUAAGAAAUUUAAGUUCAACAUGCUUCGUUGAUAGAGUCAGCAACGUGUGUUCUGUUGUGAGCCCUGUUCAAUUGUCUUUGUUGAAGUAUGCCAGCCUUACUGUCUUGAUGUUUCCACUUCAGGUCAGUCAGGAUGUGUCAUUCAAUUAAGAAGUGGUUAACUUUAUUGUUGGGUUUAAUAUUGGUGAAUUUGUAUUUACAUUUGUCUAGCUUGUAAAACGAGAACAAGGUGCUUAUGAAGAUGGAUAUACUUUUCUCUCA